CUGCGGUGGGUACUGGUCAGAGCCUGGGUGAGAAGGUCACUGCCCUGAGCCCUGCUGCUGAGCGCCCCCAAUCACGCCAGCAAGGAAGAAGUAGGAAGUGGGGAGAAUGGGGCCCCAGCAGAGCACCAGAGAACCCAGGCGUCCAGGACCUGGCGUCCCCAAAACCCCCUGGUCCAGCUGCCUUCCCCGCAGCGACGUGCUGCCCGCACCCAGCACAGCUUGUCCCCAGCACCUGGUGAUUGAUGCCAACAGAGGCUCUUUAAGGAGACAGGAAGAGGUCCCCCCACAGUUGACACAGCGCUGGGAAGGGAGUGGGAGUUGGAGGGUCCAGGUCGAGUUCUACGUCCAUGAAAACACUUUCAAAGAGCGGCUCAAGCUCUUCUUCAUCAAGAACCAGCGUUCCAGCCUCCGCGUGCGGCUCUUCAACUUCUUCCUCAAGCUCCUCAGCUGCCUCCUCUACAUUGUCCGGGUGCUGCUGGACGACCCCCGCGAGGGCCGGGGGGGCUGCUGGGGCUGCCCCAAGCAGAACCACUCAAACCCCCCAGCAGCCCGGUUUGAUUGGACCCCCAUUAUCUGGGUCAACAGGCCCCUGCCCCUGUGGGGGUUGCAGGUGCUUGUGGCUCUGAUCAGCUUCCUGGAGACGAUGCUGCUGGUUUACCUGGGCUACAAGGGCAACCUGUGGGAGCAGGUACUGCGGGUGCCCUUCGUGCUGGAGGUGAUGACCACUGUGCCCUUCCUCAUCACGGUGUUGUGGCCCCCCCUACGCAACCUCUUCAUCCCUGUGUUUCUGAACUGUUGGCUGGCCAAGCAUGCACUGGAGAACAUGAUUAAUGACCUGCACCGUGCCAUCCAGCGCUCGCACUCAGCCAUGUUCAACCAGGUGCUGAUCCUGGGCUGCACCCUGCUCUGCCUCAUCUUCACCUGCAUCUGUGGGAUCCAGCACCUGGAGCGGGCGGGGAACAACUUGUCGCUGUUUGACUCGCUCUACUUCUGCAUCGUCACCUUCUCCACUGUGGGCUUUGGUGACGUCACACCACGCAUCUGGCCCUCGCAGCUGCUGGUCGUUGUCAUGAUCUGUGUCGCCCUCAUCGUCCUGCCCAUACAGGUUCCCGGGGGGGGGGGAAGGGAGGGGAUACACCCUGUUGCUCGGUACCGGGCCCAGACGGAGAAGCAUGUGGUGCUGUGUGUCAGUGCCCUCAAGAUUGACCUGCUCAUGGACUUCCUCAAUGAGUUCUAUGCCCAUCCCCGGCUCCAGGACUACUAUGUGGUGAUCCUGUGCCCCACCGAGAUGGACCUGCCCGUGCGCCGCGUGCUACAGAUCCCACUCUGGGCCCAACGUGUCAUCUUCCUCCAGGGCUCAGCCCUCAAGGACCAGGACCUCAUGAGAGCCAAGAUGGAUGACGCUGAGGCCUGCUUCAUCCUCAGCAACCGCUUUGAGGUGGACCGUGUGGCAGCAGAUCACCAGACCAUCCUGCGAGCCUGGGCUGUGAAGGACUUUGCCCCCAACUGCCCCCUGUACGUGCAGAUCCUUAAGCCUGAAAACAAGUUCCACAUCAAGUUCGCAGACCAUGUGGUGUGCGAGGAAGAGUUCAAAUAUGCCAUGCUGGCCCUCAACUGUGUGUGCCCAGCCACCUCCACGCUCAUCACCCUGCUCAUACACACCUCCCGGGGGCAGACCACCCCAGCAGAGUCCUUCAGGCAGCGGCCUGACACCUGGCAGCCCCUCUCCAGGGAGGGCCCCACAUCACCGGAGCAGUGGCAGAGGACGUACAGCCGGUGCUCGGCCAAUGAGGUGCAUCAUGUGCGCCUGGGAGACAGCAAGUUCCUGGGCGAGUAUGAAGGGAAGAGCUUCACUUAUGCAUCCUUCCACGCCCACAAGAACCACAGGCAGCAGAAGGGGGCCCCCCCCCUCCUUAUCCGCCCCUCCCCCCUGGGCACGGCGGGCACCAAGGGCUGCCUGUGGCUGGCGCCGGGGCCGGGGGGAACCCCGGGCCCCUGCCACAUCCUGGCUGCCAGCGACACCUGCUUCUACAUCAACGUGUCCAAGGAGGAGAACUCAGCCCUGGUGCGGCAACAGCAGGACCCAGCACCCCCCCGCCGCCCUGCAUCCACGGCCUACCGUGGCCUCACGCGCCUGCCUGUGCACAGCAUCCUCGCCAGCAUGGGGACGGUGGCCAUGGACUUGCCAGACUCAGGCAGCAGCCCUGAGAGCGCUGAGGCACCAGAUGCUGAGAAGCGACCCAGCAUCGCACCUGUGCUGGAGGGGCCAGACACGCUGCCCAGCCCCACACUCGACCUGCUCAGCGAUCCCUCUGAGGAUGAGGCCAGCCCCCAUGAGGAUGGUGCUGCCUCUGCCUGCUGGGUGAAGGGCUAUCCUAGCAACACGCCCUACAUUGGGAGCUCGCCCACCCUCUGCCACCUCUUGCCGGAGAAGACCCCCUUCUGCUGCCUGCGGCUGGACAAGAGCUGCCCCCACUUGCCCCAUGAGGAUGCCCGUGCCUACGGCUUUCACAACCCGGCUUACGGCUUCCACAACCGGCUCAUUAUCGUGUCAGCUGAGCGUGCCGGCAAUGGGCUCUACAACUUCGUGGUGCCAUUGCGGGCCUACUAUCGGCCUCGCAAGGAGCUCAACCCCAUUGUGCUGCUGCUCGAGGACCUGCCCGAGACCCACUUCCUGGAGGCAAUUUGCUGGUUCCCGCUAGUUUACUACAUGGUGGGCUCCAUUGAUAACCUGGAUGACUUGCUGCGCUGUGGGGUGACCUUCGCGGCCAACAUGGUGGUGGUGGACAAGGAGAGCUCCAUUAUCGCUGAUGAGGACUACAUGGCCGACGCCAAGACCAUUGUCAAUGUCCAGACCCUCUUCAGGUUGUUCCCGGGCUUGAACAUCAUCACAGAGCUGACGCACCCGGCCAACAUGCGCUUCAUGCAGUUCAAAGCCAAGGACCGCUAUGGGCUGGCCCUGUCCAAGCUCGAGAAGAAGGAGCGGGAGAAGGGCUCCAACCUGGUGUUCAUGUUCCGCCUGCCCUUCGCUGCCGGGAAAGUCUUCAGUGUCAGCAUGUUGGACACGCUGCUCUACCAGUCGUUUGUGAAGGAUUACAUGAUCUCCAUCACCCGCCUACUGCUGGGCCUCGAUUCACUGCCUGGGUCUGGCUUCCUGUGCGCACUGAAGGUGACGGAGGACGACUUGUGGAUCCGCUCCUACGGACGCCUCUACCAGAAGCUCUGCUCUACCACGGGCGAUGUCCCCAUUGGCAUCUACCGCACUGAGAGCCACCUGCUCCCCACCUCUGAGUGGCAGGCUCCAGGCAGCCCAGAGGCUGGGGAGGAGGUGGGUGAGGUCCCCCUAGCACGGCGCAAGAGCCUACAGUGGGCGCGACGCCUGAGCCGCCGUGGUGCCCGUCCACCUGACCCUGCACCUCCUGCCCGUGUGCGCCAGCAGCGCCUAGCCUUGCACCGCCGCUCUGAGCGCCAGGAGCUCAGUGCUCUUGUCCGUGCCCGGCUGCGCCACCUUGGCCUCUCCUCUACUGGCUUCAGUAUGAACUGGAGUGGGGAGGUGGGGGGUGAUGUUGGGAGAUGGUAUCUCAUCCGCCCUGACCCCCUAACCCUGGUCUCGGCCAGCGGCACCAGCCAGAAAGCCAGCACCAGCACCACCAAGGAUGUCCCCCCGCUCUGACCCCUCCCCGGGGCACCCACCUGCUGCCAACACUGUGACACCCCUCCCUCGCCUGGUGGCCCAUGUCCCUGGGCCUACCAUGCUCCCAUUGGCUCUUCGCUGCCCCACCAAGUUCUUCCAUCCAAUUCGCACUUGGUCCUUCUGCCAGAGCCUGGCCUGAUUGGCUGGAGAGUACCCCCUGCCCUGCCCCGCCCUGAGCAUCCUCUGGGCAUCCCCAGCCCAGAGCAAGGGGGCUGGGGGGCUGCCUCAAACCCCCGCCGCCCAAAGCUGAGCCAGGCCCUGGGGGUACGUCAUGCCCUCCUCCUCUUUUGACCCCCAGGGGGCCAAAGCACCGAGGCUGGGGACCCCCAGAGUAGGUCGUGGAAUGUAGCCCCAGGCGGAAGAGGGUGGGGUUCUGUCAUCACCCCCCCCGCUGCCGCCUCUCUGGUCUCACUGUGAACAUGGUCCUAGAUGUACAGAUUCAAUAAAGCUGUAAAGA